GAAAAUAGAAUAUCAGCGCUAAGCAUAAUGUGACAAAAAAGAAGAGGAGGAAACGGGGUGAGAGAGGGAGAAGUUGUGCAUUCAGCUAACCCCCCUCCUCAGUCCGUCUCUCUCCACCCUCUGGAAAAGUCUCUCCCUCUCUCUCUCUACCUCUUUUCUCUCCGUCUCUCUGCAGCUGUGCUCUGCUGAGCGUCACCUCCACACAGCAAGUGCCUUUACUUCAGCAGAAGAGGGAGAAAGAAGAGGAAGGUGGCUGCGAGCUCUAGAGCAAAAGAAACCUCAGGAGUGCGUCUGCACGCGGCAGAGGAGUGCUUCUCUCUACACUUCAUACAGAAGGGCUAAGGAGCGCACAGAGACAGGGAAGAGGCAGCUGCGUUGGAGUAACACUGUGCCGGUGGUGCCGACUGGGGACAGGGUAAUCCACUGACACUGUUGAUCCUGGUGGCUCUGGCAAAAAGCUUCCAGAAGGAGAGAGAGAAGCGGAAAAGCAGACAGGAUCUUGCCAAGGGGGCAGCAUUUUACUUCGGAAAAAGAAGCGUGGCGACAGCCGAAACGCACACAGAGAGACACACUCACAAACACCAGAGUGGAAAAGGACAGCCAGACACCCACCGCAUUUAAAAAUCCACUACAACCCUUCAGUUUCUUCUGACUUAACCAAGAAAACAGGAGAAUGUCUCAUGUUGUUGCCUGUGGAUGACGGAUAUUAACUUCUGGGGAUACAUUUGUCUUCUAAAAUAAGAUCUUUUUUCAAACUUUGCUACUUUUUUUAUUUUUUGGAGUUGGGCCUGUAAACCAUCUGAGCACAUCACAGAAUUUUUAGUUACAGAAAUGGAGAGUUGUCUUGGGGACCGUUGAGAUUCCUCCUCCUGAUUCAGAGUAGAAAGUGGAUUUUGAUGGCAGUAUUUUGCGAUUUCUUCUUUGCACCAUAAAGAAAAAAAAAAUCCAUCUACGUCUGCUGGAUUUAUGCCUGAGAGAAGGAGAAGAUCUCAGGUAUUUUCUCUUCUCCUGUGGAUUACCUAUGGGUUUUCUCUCAUGGAUGAUUGCUUGCUGCCAGUUAUUAAGAAAAAGUAUGAAAAGGGACAAGUGAGUAUUGGGCUAGAUUUUUUUCCCUCUAAAUCUUAACCACGAGUCCAAAUAAUGGAUGGCUCUAGUGAAAGCACAAUGAUGCAGCUUUUGUCUAAUCUAAUAACACAAAUUGAAACCCACUGAUUGAACAGUUAUGUUUAACAAAUGAUGAUUAAGGUGUAAAAGGUAUGCACAUCUUGACAUCUAUUAAUUCAUUUGACAAGUUGUCCUGGAUGUUUACACACCAUUUGCCAAUGAGCAUCAUUUACUAAAUGAGGGGUGCUGUCUACCCGGCAGGUGGCUUGGGCACAAACAGAGAUUGAUUGAAGUGAUCUCUGGGAAUCCAAUUAAUGUAUCCUGGAUUCUUUCCAAGACAGAAGCAAUGGAGGGGAAAACCACCAUCUAGUUUAAACUGAGAAACCUCUGCACUCCCCAGUCAGCAACUCUCCUCCUCCUUUCCCACCACCUUCAACCCAGGCAAGGAUGGUACCCCCGCCCCCCACCAACAAGCCCCACGUUUGCCUUUCCACCAUUCUUAUCAUGAGCAGCAUGGCAUUAAUUGAUGCCUACCUGGUGGAGCAGAACCACGGACCCCGCAAGAUUGGCAUCUGCAUUAUGGUGAUGGUGGGGGACAUCUGUUUUUUGAUUGUGCUCCGAUAUGUAGCAGUGUGGGUGGGCGCUGAGGUGCGGACUGCCAAACGAGGCUAUGCCAUGAUCCUCUGGUUCCUCUAUAUAUUUGUGCUCGAGAUCAAAGUCUACUUUGUGUAUCAGAACUACAAAGCAGACAGGAAGAGCUUGGACGCUCUCGCGAGGAAAGCCUUGACGUUGCUGCUGUCCAUUUGCAUUCCAGUGCUGUUCAUUGUGCUGGUGGCCAUUGACCACAUGGAGUACGUCAGGGCUUUCAAGAAACGGGAGGAGAUUCGCAAUCGCCUCUUCUGGGUAGUGGUGGACUUGCUGGACAUACUGGACAUCCAAGCUAACCUAUGGGAGCCUCAGAAGAAAGGGCUUCCUCUGUGGGCAGAGGGCCUCAUGUUCUUCUACUGCUACAUCCUGCUCCUUGUGCUGCCCUGUGUGUCUUUGAGCGAAAUCAGCAUGCAGGGCAUAAACAUAGUGCCCCACAAGAUGCUACUGUACCCCAUUCUCAGCCUGGUGACCAUUAACAUUAUCACACUCUUUAUCCGUGGAGGGAACAUGUUUCUGUACAGAGACGCAAGAGUAUCCGGGAUCCUAAUUGGAAAGAACAUAUUGGCCAUCAUCCUAAAGACCUGCAGCUUUGUGCAGUACAGAAGACAGUUGCAGAACGCUCCUCCUGCCUUUGGAGUGGAGCUGCAGAAAAACUCAGUCGCACAAGCUCGUCCUGCGCCCACUCCACCUCAAGUGGUCAUGCAGGACCAGACGCCUCUACCCGAAGUGACAACCUGUGAACACACAUGACAUAAUGUAGGGGGUGAACCCUACGAAAUGUCAAUAUGAGUAAAUGGGACUCUCAGGAUGCUGGCAGGGAGCAGUGUUCCACACCUUUUACGUCGUGUGAACACUCAUGUGAACACAGGGGAGAUCAUGAUCCCUGAUGCUUAAUGGCACACAGGACACUGCAGACACUCAGUGCAGAUAGAGCAGUGCUGUCACAGCUGCAUUACUGAUGACUCAAAGCAUUUCCCAUGGUGAAUUUAAUUACGUGUAUUUUUUCUAUAUGUACAAAGAAAAAAAAAUCUAGUGCAAAAAAAUAGAGAGUAUAUUUUUGAAAUGUGUGUUGCAUUCCAAUCGAAAACCUAGGGGUCUGUGUGCUGUGGCGUGUAUUUCUGUUUCUCAGUUGUUUCUUAGUAGUCGAGGGCUUUACCUUGUCAAAGUGAGACGAGACCCAAUGAGAAAAUCAAAGUAAUGAGGGUAAAAAAACAGCAGUGAAAGCCCUGUCUCUUAAAAGAAGUGCGUUUUUAUAUGUGGCUCUUUGAUCAAAUACUGUGUAAAAGAUAAAGGCUUUCCUGCUUUCUCACUGGCUGUAAGAGGGUUUUGUCAUAAAAUCAUUUUAAAGUUAUUGGUCUGAUGAGUGUAUUUAUUUUUAAAGAAAUUAUUUAGUAAAUGCCAACUUUGUGACCAGUGUUAGAAGAAAAAAACAGAUAAUUCGUUCUGUCCUGGUGAGAAGCUUCCAUCCAUCCGUGAGGGACAUAAAUAUAAUUAUAGAUUUUUAGUCAUGAAUUUUAAGUUGUUCUUUAUCUACUGUGAGAUGACUAAAUUACUAACUACCGUAAAAAACUUGAACUGGUUGCACAAAUUUGAGUUUAACAUAAAUAUUUUCUAAUUUACGGAGUCUAAAUUAUACAUAAUAUUUGGACAGAUUUCCAUUAGCAAACUGCACUUGCAAAAAUUUUGCCUGAACAUUUGUCUUCUGCUUUGGGAUCAAUUGAUAAUGUUAAUUUUAACUGGUUUAUUUCUCAGUGGAGAUAACUCCUAUAAACAUGGUUAAGAAUGUUAAAAAAAGGCUGAGGUCUGGGUUUUGGAUAGGACCUUUCAGAAAUAUAAUCUUUUUAUGUGUGUAUUAUCCUGUCGGAACGCACCAUCUGACCAAGGCAAAGACUGAAAUAACUAGAUGUAAUGCUACUUGACACACUGUUGGCUGGCGAUUGCAAACUAGCCAAUUCAGGAGUACCAUUAAGGAAGCGACCAAUAAGGAAGACUGUUCUUGAUAGUGUUAAGAUGCAUAUUGAGGUACUUUUGGUGUCUGAACUAUUAACAUAGGCAGCUAUAAGCAUUUUGUGAGAGGGCCUGAAGUAUUCAUGGAUUUUAGGUUUUCACAUGUGACUAUGCUCCUUAACCCCAAUACAUACUAGUGGUUCACUGUGUAAUUAUUUCUAAGAGUUUGUGCUUCUUUAUUCACACUUUGUGAAAAACAAGGUCAUGCAUACGUGCUUCAAGCUAAUCACAUUGACAUGCAGCUUCCUGUUUGUAGCGUUGAUGUCCUUCAAAAUAAACCUUGUGCCAAAACAGCAUUUAUGACCAUAAAUGUUAACACAAUGUACAGAGUGCUCUGCACAUGCAGGUCACUUCUGUGCCACAGGAUGUUCAAACUGGCGUCUCAAAAACAAUUUUUUGAUAAGACAGAAAAUUGUCUCAUCAAAAUAUUUUAA